AUGUCUUGGUUCAAACGCCCUCGCAAUGACCCACGGGCGACUACCACCAGUGGCACCUCUCCAGCUGAGAAUCAGAAUGUAAACUUCCGGGAAGAUUGCUCUGAGGAAGUACCACAGCCUGCAGGGGACUGUAUCAACGAUAACUCGCCAGGCUCACCGGAGGGUCAGGCCAAAGCAGCUUCAGAAGACGCAACAUUAAAAAAGGCUUUUGACGACGUCAUGAGUGAUUUUGGUUCUAUUGGUAAACCACAUCGGCAGGCUGCAGUACUCAUGAUCUCUUGGACUAAAGAACUUGACGACCUUCAUACCAAAGACGAAGUGACAGAGCUUCAAGCUGUUUCUGAGGAGCAGUUCAACUACAAUGUCAUGAAAUGACAACUUUCAGGAACAAAAAAGGCUGGACUAGAAAUUGCAAAACACCUUAUCGAUUUUGUGAUGAAAUAUGACUCCGAAACCGGAUUAUUAAUUGUUCAUUAUGCCGAUCAUGGAAUUCCUGGCAAGAGAGGCGAACUUCACUUUACUGGGUACUGUAACUUAUGUCAGGCUAACGGCUCUCAAUCUUGCUAACACUCAACCAGGAAGCGCAUUCCGCGUCAGAAAGAUAAUGGUACCGCAUGGCAUGAAUCAGAACAUAUUAUUCGAGAUGCAGCUGCCGAUGUAUUGCUGAUUUUUGAUUGUUGCUUUGCCGGAAAUCUCUUACCGACAGAUGUUCGUUCGUACUGGCCCGCAAGAGGCUUCGAGUGUAUUGCCGCUUGUGGAAAAGGUGAAACUACACACUUUCUGGGCGAGAAAUCCUUCACUGCUGCUCUCAUUUGGUCGCUACAAACUCUCGUCCAAAAACGAACACGGUUUUCAACACAAGAACUUCAGGCUACAAUCAUGAACGACACCCCUAAUUUUCCAGAGAAGCAGUACGUGCCACUCAUCGAGCGCAAUGAACCUUCCGAUCAACGUUUAGUACUUGCACCAAUACCUAACGUCAAUGAAGAAAUGCCCGGAGAACCACCAGAGUCCCAGCAUCCAAUGCACCAUCUGGAUUUGAGAUUUUGGUAUCCUCACAGACCAGAUGAGGAAGAAAUUUCAUCGCUUGCAAAGAGACUCCGAAAUCUGAUGGUUCAUGAACGAAUUGGUGCUUCGAGAAUCGGAUGGUUGGGAUUGAAGAAUCGUGAACUUGCCAAGCGAGAAAGAAUUCGUAGUGUUGCAGACGCUUGGCUGAGCAGGAUUAGACGGGAUUCAUCUGGCGAUUCAUUUUCAGGAAACAGUAUCGCAUCAGCAAAUAUCGAACGUUGCAUCUCGCCGGAGUUUUAA